CUGACGAGCCCGACGGUCUCAGGAAGCAGCGGAGCUUAUUUCAUAUUUUGUAGCCAUAAAAGACCGAGGGGAACAGUGUAUUUUUAGGGGGUCGGUUGCCACAUGUACAGACAGUAAAAUAUUUUCAAAUUAUUUCGGCGUGGGGUAUUUUUGCCGUCAGAGGUCUUUUGUUAUGAUUUGGGGUCAAUAGCGGUGAUGUUUACUGUGCAGCCUCUAAGGUUCCUCUAAGGGGUAGCCUAUAACCAGAGCCUCUAGCUUCCAACUGCCUAAAAAAUUAGGCAGAAACGAUAUAAGACUUUUCAUUUCUUCAUUUGGGUCGUGGCCUGGCGGCACGCCAAUAAUUGACUCUGGAGCAGGACACGGAGGAUAGUAUGGCCAUGACGGGAGGGACUGCAGCUGCCCUUCCCAUGAGCAACCACACCCGAGAGAGGGUGACAGUGGCCAAGCUGACACUGGAAAAUUUCUACAGCACUCUGCUCACCCAGCACGAAGAGCGUGAGAUGAGGCAGAAAAAACUGGAGAAGGCCAUGGAAGAGGAAGGUUUACCAGAUGAGGAGAAAGUAAUGCGGCGCUCUCAGCAUGCCCGAAAGGAGACAGAGUUUUUACGACUGAAGAGGACACGACUCGGUUUGGAUGACUUUGAGUCCCUGAAGGUCAUUGGACGAGGUGCUUUUGGAGAGGUGCGUUUGGUACAGAAGAAAGACACAGGCCACAUUUAUGCCAUGAAGAUUUUGAGGAAAGCAGACAUGCUGGAGAAAGAACAGGUCGCUCACAUCCGGGCAGAGAGGGAUAUUCUGGUCGAGGCGGAUGGUGCCUGGGUGGUCAAGAUGUUCUACAGCUUCCAGGACAAGAGAAACCUCUACCUCAUUAUGGAGUUCCUGCCUGGAGGUGACAUGAUGACACUGCUGAUGAAGAAGGACACUCUGUCUGAAGAGGCCACUCAGUUCUACAUCGCAGAGACAGUACUGGCCAUUGACUCCAUCCACCAGCUGGGAUUCAUCCACAGAGACAUCAAACCGGACAACCUGCUGCUGGACUCCAGAGGACAUGUGAAACUGUCAGAUUUUGGCCUGUGUACUGGGCUGAAGAAAGCUCAUCGCACAGAAUUUUACAGGAACCUGACGCACAACCCGCCCAGUGAUUUCUCCUUUCAAAAUAUGAACUCCAAGAGGAAAGCAGAGACCUGGAAGAAGAACCGGAGACAGCUGGCUUAUUCCACUGUGGGAACGCCAGACUACAUCGCUCCUGAAGUGUUCAUGCAGACGGGGUACAACAAACUGUGCGACUGGUGGUCUCUGGGUGUGAUCAUGUAUGAGAUGCUCAUCGGUUAUCCGCCCUUCUGCUCAGAGACACCACAGGAGACGUACAGGAAGGUUAUGAACUGGAAGGAAACACUUGUCUUCCCACCUGAAGUUCCCAUCUCAGAGAGAGCCAAAGACUUGAUAUUAAGGUUUUGCACAGAUGCAGAGAACCGGAUCGGAGCUGUGAGCGUGGACGAGAUCAAGAGCCACCAGUUUUUUGAGUCGGUCGAUUGGGAGCACAUCAGGGAGCGGCCAGCCGCCAUCUCCAUAGAAAUCAAAAGUAUUGACGACACCUCUAACUUUGAUGACUUCCCUGAAUCGGACAUCCUUCAGCCAGCUAACGCAACGGAGCCAGACUUCAAAUCAAAGGACUGGGUGUUCCUCAACUACACCUACAAACGCUUUGAGGGCCUGACUCAGCGAGGGACCAUCCCCACAUACAUGAAGGCAGGGAAGGCUUGACGCACUCAAACGGGUGGACGGUGUGGUGGAGAAAAAUAGACGUUUACGGACACAGGGUCGGGCCCUGGAGCCCCGCUGGUGCUGAAGGCUGCGCUGUCAGCCUCUCAGUCUAAAUUUAACCUUCAUCAUAAGUUAUUUAGGUCUGCUCAGCCGUGGCAAGUAAGCCAAGAACUCGGAAAUUAAAGAGCAUUACCGCAUUACCUCGGUUGUUGAUAUUGUAUACACGUGCCGUCUUUAGCCAUAGCACUCAGGCCAGCUCACUAACUAGGACACUAAAUCAGCAUAUCUGCAUGUUCAGCGGCAUACUGCUUCUGGAGAAGAUUUUUUUAUAUAUAUAUAUAUAUACACGAGAACAAGGCUUGAAUUCAAAUGACUGCUCAAACUUUUUAACAUAAGUUUUUACACUGGUGGCUCGUCAGAUGCAAACUGCAUUACUGAUAUUGAAAAUGAGCUCUAUACACUGUAGUCAAACUCUGGAUGAUUGGUAAAAUCAGGAACCCCUCACUUAUUGUAGCCAAUACUCUGUUAUCAAGUUCCAGCAUGAUUUCCAGUGUUUUUUUGCUGACUUUCCAAAGUGUAAUUAAGAGUUAACCCCAACUGAAGAAUAUAGGAGCCAACUGUCUAGUGGUCAAACAAAAAAAAAAAAGUUUUUGUAGAACUAAAAUAUUAGCUCACAAAGUUGUAAUGGAUCCCAAUUAAAGGUCAGUUGGUAUCAAAACUGUAAAACAGCUUAGGUUAACAGCACAAGCUAUGUGUUUGGAUAGUUGUAGUUUGGAUAAUACUAGCUAAACGGUGCUGCUGGCUCAAGGUAUAGUUGGUCCAACAAUGAUUGGACAGGUGUAACAUCGUCUAGUGUCAUCAUCGGGUCAAAGUUUAUGCGACAGAGGCCUCUAAGUUAGCGAUAGCUGCAGCAUUCUCACAGUCUCAGCUUUGCUGUCUUAUUAUGCUAAUUAGCAAAUGUUAGCAUGCUAAUACACUAAACCACUGUGGUGAACACGUUAAACAUUUUAGCAUUGCCACUCUGAUGUUAGCAUGUAACACCACUGUAAAGCAUUCUUUACACUUAAAGUGUAACAAAAAAAUUCUCACUCUAUAUAAAAAGUGACUUUGCAUUCACAAUCUAGCUGUUAGCCUUUAGCUGUUAGCCUGGUUCAAAAUCAGUAGCAUCAAAAGGAUAGAAAAUCUAGAAGAAAUGAGCAAAAAACUCAAAUCAUGCUGGAACCAUCCUUUAACCCUCGUGCUAGUGAAACAGUGUGAGUUUGUGGCAGCUCAGCGGGGGGAACCCAGCCUGCAGCGUCGUCUCAGCACAGUUGCUUUUCUCGCAUAAGAACAGCUUGUUGCCAGGAAACAAUGAAAUGCAGUUUACCCUGUGCUGGACAUCAGUUUCUGCAGCGUGUUGCCCUAUUUGCAUUGCCAAACAAACUGCUGAGCGUGCCCCUUCUGAUCUGAGUUUUGGUCAGAUCAGUGCUAAAGUACUUGUUAUUUCCUCUGAUUUAUUUGAAAUUCUGAUCAGUGCACGGGCCAAUCGCUUCUUUUCUUCUUAGGUCGAUAAAACAUGCAAAGUGCCUUUUCAUAGAGCUGAUAAAUAUUUAACCAGAUAUAUAGGUGAGACCAAUAAGACGGCAUUCAUUAUAACCAACUGUUUUGACUCAAAGUGGACAGGAGUAAGCGAAAACACUGAUGUUUCGAUUUGAUGUGUCUGCAGAGUGAUAAGGCAUAUAUGUGGUGAUAAAGCAGUAAGAAACAACAGGACUAUAGAAAAGCAGGUGGCUUAUAGGUUAGAUAAUAAACGGGAGACUCAUAAAAUAUGUGUCAAGGAAAACACAAUGAACAGUUUGUCUUUGUUUGACAAGUAAGGAUGAAAGUUGUAGAUUAACACAGUGGAUCUUUGUGUAUUCAAGUUCCUGCAUUUUU